ACUUAAUCUCAAGACAGACGUUGGAUUGUUGACUUACUCCAGCUACUCGACAUUGCUCAAAAUGCCUGACCAAACCAACAAUUCUACCAACGGUGCUGCCAGUGGCGCAGCACACACCCGUGACACACUUCCAAAGGAAUUGGUUGACGAGAUGCAGAGGCUGUUUGGCAAACAUGCAGGCUAUCGGACAACUCACGCCAAAGGUCUCCUCGUAGAAGGAACAUUCACACCAACUGAGCACGCCAAAACCCUCUCGAUAGCUUCCCAUUUUAACCAAGCCUCGACUCCUAUUAUAGCACGCUUCUCCGUCGGCGGCGGCAUACCUCACAUCCCAGAUGUAGACGACGGUGCCACCCCAAAAGGCCUCGCUGUUCGCUUCCUGAUCGACGAGCACACACACACUGACUUGGUCAGCCACACCUUCAACGGCUUCGCAACUCGCACAGGCGAAGACUUCCUUUCCUUUCUCCAAGUCUUCCGUGCCUUUCAGACCACCAAAGCCGCGCUCGACAAAGCCAAAGCCGCAGGAGGCGACACUACCAAGGAAACAGCUGCAUUCAAAGCAGCUGCCGGCCCCUUCCAAGCCUUCCUCGCCAGCCAUCCCUCAGCAGCUACAUUCGUCAAUUCACCCAAGCCCAACCCCUUCAACUACGGCACCAUCACCUACUACGAACCCAACACGCACGUCCUGACCAACGCGGACGGCAAAGUGACCAAUGUCCGCUACCGCCUAGACCCCGCUGACGGCGAACAUCUACACCCCAACGACUCAGCGCAAUUGAAGAAGCUCGAUCAAAGCUAUCUCGAAGAAGACCUACACGAACGGUUUCCAGUGAAACCCAUCGUCUUCACUAUUCAAGCGCACAUUGCUAACCCCGAUGACGUGCUUGACGAUGCAACGAUCCCGUAUAAGAGCACGACAUUCGUACCAGCGGGCAAGUUGGUCAUCAAUAAGGUGAGCGAUGACAAUGUUGCGAAGCAACAGCAGAUCGCGUUUAGUCCGACACCGGAUCUGUGUGGGAUCAAGGGUAUUGCGAUAAGCAAGGAUCCGCUGAUUCAGGCGAGGAAGGGAGUGUAUUAUAUCAGUGCUGAGCAGAGGAGGCAUGAGAAACAGGUAGAGUAGCCUUGUAGUAUGGGUAGAUAUUAUUGUUACAAUGUCACCGAGGACCAUCUUCUUGAGUUGUGAGUGUUAGUUCACCCUCGAGAGAGAAG